GGAGGGCUCUGGUACUGCACAGUAAGGGCUCUGCACUACACACAACGAUGCAGGUCACUGCAACAACCUCUGACACACAGGGACAACUCUACACAACCACACAUCACACUCCAUGACAUCAUAUCUCUGCACAAGAUCACAUUGUCCCUUUAUCUCCACAUAGCACACAUCACACAGAGCAGCACUGGAUAGCUGCAAAGCAAGCAACAGAUACAGCAACUACAGGCUAUAGGCAGAAGUUCUUCCUGUGGACUUUGAAAGUAAAGUUUAGUACGGUAAGUGUGUGGGGAGCAGAGAGGAAGAGAGGGGGAGAAUCUGUUCAGCGAUUCAAAAGGCAACGUUUUUCUAAACUAGAGCAUUAAAUAAACUUCUAGUAAAUUAUUUCAUCGUCCUAUACAGCAUUCCCUUUUGAAGGCUUUAAACACUUUCUAUCUGAUUAACCUCUUCAUCGGCAGCACAGGAACCAGGAUUACUCUUCAUGCAAACCUUGUCUGUAUUGUAAAAUGAUGUGUUAAAAUGUAACACAGCUUUAUCUGCAUUUUUUGUAUUGCAAGUUAUGUGCAUGCAAUUACCAGCGACAGAUGUAACCUAAGUAGUAUUCAGCCAUGGGAUACAAAAUAUGAUUUCUUUAAUUAGUUGAUUAUAUGUGUGUGAGCCAUCACUUUGUGUGAUCAGUACAAUGUUUAUUAAUAUAAGGCCAAAGGAUCCAAAACUGAAAAUACAUUUUAAACAAAAUUUCUGCAAGGCCUUUGCCAGUUCUAUACAUUUCCUGUUCUAUUAACUAAUUCCCCCACCCCUUAUAGUUAGGAAUAAGUUGUCACUUUGCAAACAAUGGUAACAAAAUCUAUAGUUUUCUAAAUCUAUUCUAUCAAGAUGCUAGUUUAAGUAUACAUGCAUUAUUUGUGCUUCACGAAUAUUUUGUGCAUUCUGUCCUGCUUGUAUUCUGUAAUUUGGUGUGUGCUGUGAUCUUGGAGGACACAAUGCUUUGAAUUUAGCUUUGGAAUUAUUGGAAACAUCACACUUCAAAUGUGUUCAAUUACUAAGAGCUAUAUUGUAUUUUAAAGGAACACUAUAUGUUAGGAAUACAAACUUAUAUUCCUAACACUAUGGUGCCUGCAACUCUAGUCCUAUAGAGCCCAUCCCCCUCAUUUUAAAAUAAAAAUUAAGAAACUGAAGAAUUGCUCACCUUUUUCCAGGUGAGUUGUUUGCUUCCUCGGAGCCGCACACCUCUACGUUGUGUGACCUCCUCAAGCAUUGGUCUGAAUUGGGGAUGCGAAUCCAAGCUUUGUCAUAGGAAAGCAUUGUUAUUCAAUGGUUUCCUAUGAGCUUACCAAGUUUUACUUUAUGUUAGUUUUGCAGGAAGACGGCAAUAAGAGGUAGAUUUAAACUUGCAAUGUAAACAUUGCACUUUCUAUAAAAUUGCAAUGUUUUACAUUGCAGGGUUAAAAGGACAGCGCCACUUCAUUGACAUGAAGCCGUCUGGGUGACUUUAGUGUCCCUUUAAGGAUUUUGGGUGUAUUUAGUAAUACACAUAAUUGUGAAAUAUACUUGGCAGGUAACUUUAGUGGUUAUUUAUGAAAAUCAUUUCUAGGGCAAAGUUCUAAAUUGGCAGCAAAAGCCAUGAAUACCAAUGUAAUGUUCCUAUUCACUGAUGCACUUUACCAACUUUACUCCAAAAUGUCUCUUUAUACAUAAGCUCCAUAGUUUCCAAUUGUUAUUUUUGUUUUCUAUACACAUCAUAAUUCCUCUCUGCAUCAUUUUUUUCUCUCUCUCCACUCACACUGUUGCUACAUUGGGAAGCAAAUGCCAUAUAAAGGCUUACUUUUUAUAUGUGUGCUAUGUAUGGGGCUUUGUGUACAUGGUUGCACUUGGAUUUUGCUGUGUAGCCAUUGGCAUUGGAGUGUUUUCCAGCACCUGGCCACUGGCAGUUAGCAGCUGUGUUGUGCCAAGAAGAGAAAAACUGGGACCCUCCCAGCUGUCAAUGUAUUGGACUCAACAUAUGUCCACCCAAAAUGUUCAGACAGCUGCAGAGAGUGAAAGGACUUUGUUGUUGUCGCUCAAUACAGAACCUGCUAAACACGUUUAUUUUUAUUAACACAACAUAGUGUGUUUCUUUAAUCACAUUAAAACAAAGAUUGCACAUUAAAAAAAAAAAACCUAAAGAAGUCAGCAUCUACCACCAUUGGGUAACAUGCAGAACCAUAGACCCAUGUAAUCAAAACAAUAGCUACAUUACUACAUUACAAAAAGUAAGGUGACUGCAAAGAGGAGGUGUGUGUAGUUGAUAUAUAUAUAUAUAUAUAUAUAUAUAAAAAUCUCUAACUGUCAAUAUAUGGACAUAUUUUCCUGCCAACCCUGAUCCAUAAAGCAAAAGGUGCUCAUAACAUUAUUGAUUUUAUACUAAUCAGUAUGUUGAUGUAUAAACACUUGUCUUAUGAACUUUGGUCUAUUAUAAUUUGUGGAACUUGAACUUUAAAUUGUGGGCAUACAUUAUCCAGUGUGAUAUAUGCAGUCCAUAUGAGUAUAUUAUCAUUAUCAUUGUGUAAUCAGCAAUAAGGGUACCCUGUUACUGUCAACACAAUAAUAUACUUUAGUCCACAAAGGGGCUAAUGUGUUUUGUCUUUGAAACUCCAGAAAUCUAGAUUAUGUGCAGCACAGUCAAGAUUGUGUUUAUUGAUUGAUUCAAUUUUAGAUUGCAUCUACAUUACCUAUAUAGUGGAGAAUUAUGGAACAUAUAGUCAAACAACAGCUUCAGGAAAUUAGCCGUUUGCUCAUGCUUUAUACAUUUAUGUCAUAGACUCUGGUGUUUAAUUGACAGUUGUUAUAAUUCUAGAUAUGUGCCUUUGAUAUCUGCAUGCUUCACUUAUGUUAAAGGGACACUCCAAAUCCCUAAAGGACUUUAGCUAGAUGAAGUGCUUUAAGGGUUAACAGCAUGCCCUGUUUGUCUAACUUUCUAAAAGUGCCAAUCUCAAGAGAAAUUAAAAUUUUUAUAAAACCCCAAAACUUGCCUUCCUCAUGUACUUUAGACGCUCGCCCAAAGCAGACAUGAGGGCUCAUAAUAGAGAAGCAUUGCAAAUGGAUUGAGAUGUCCCUGUGCCCUUUGUUUAUGAGAAGCAUUGGAUUGGCUGGGAGCUCAUCACCAGUGAUGAUCUUCUAUAGGUGGAACAGAAUCCUAAAUCGAAAACAAGAACAUUCAAUUUCUAGGAAUCAAUGCAUACAUUAAUGUGUUCCUUUAAUGUGUUUUAAUGCAAUAUUGUUUACUAAACAAUGCAAACUAGAGUGUAUAAACUGAAACAGUGAUAUGAAUGGAGCAUCUCAUCCUGGUGUGGAACAGGCCCAUUAUAUGUAGUGCAUGGCGCAAACACUUAACAAGACAUGCAUUUUUAUUUACUUACGGCCUUUUUAAAGCAUUAUCUAUUUGAUGCAUGAAUUUUUUUUUACAUUUUAGCUAGACUGACCUUUUAAAUUAAUCUCUAAAUUAAUCUCAUCCAUCUAUCCAUCCUUCCAACCUGUCUGUUUCUUCGUCUCAAAUAUCCUAUAAGUCAUCAUUUUUUUUUAUAGUUGCUUUGUAUGUGAUUGGGUGGUUUUUCUAUUGGCUUUUGAGGAGAUUUCCUGCAUAAGAAAAUAGAUUUUGAAUAUCGAUGGCAGUGCUUGAUCAAAUCUGCUUUUUACAUUUCUGUUUUUGUAAUUGCUAAACAAAGAAGUCUGUUUAUUGAAAACUGAGUUGACGUGAGCUGACAACUGACUUUUAAAAUGUAGGUUAAAGCAGCUUAUUUUUUAAAACAAAAACUUACUAUAUAUAUAUAUAUAUAUAUAUAUCCACAAAUAACUGCUUAGUUAAUAAAACCCUUAGCACUGUUAUAGUAAUGUAUAGUUACAGGCUCUGUCAGAUUUCUUUUUGAAUAUCUACAGAGGUUGGUGAAAACAACAUGUCUUUGAGUUUAGUUGAAUGUCUGCAACUAACGGACUGUGAAGCAGUUUCAGGAAAUGCUGAAUAUGUUAUGACUAUGAGGUAAUGUAGACAUACUGGCAGAGCUGUUUGCAAAAUGUAGGACAAAAUAUCUAAUUAGCAAAAAAAAUAAAAAUAGAAUGAAUAAAAAAUAUGACACAGCCAGAUUGGUUAUCAACUCACUGUAAUUCACUGUUUAAUGAACCUUGUGUUUUGAUUUCUGGAUUUCUGUUGGCCUGUACAUACGGUCACUGCUUGCAGAAACAAAGGUACUGUUCAGUAAGCUUCAUGUUGCCCUGAGCUAAUGGCAGAGUUGAUAAAUGAUAGGUUAAAAUCAUAAAAUUGAUCAAGUUGCUUACUAGCUAGAAAGGAUUUGGAGAAACUACUGUUGGACUCUAUAAGUCAACUCAGUAGGAUCCCUUUGCAAGUUGUAUCCUCAUGAGUUAAAAAUGAAACAUACAUAUGGAAAAGCUAAACCCAUCUGCUACAGAUUUUUGCUGCUGAGUACACCAGAAAAACAGUGCUCAACAAAAUCGAUUUGUGCUCUGGUCAUUAGCAUUUAAUUGGAGUCUUUUGUUGACUAGGGAAUCUCAAGAGUUAUAUCUGUAGAGUUCUGUCGACUGAGAAUCUGCCUAGGUCUGCUGACCUACAGUUUAAGUGAGAUGCUUUUGGUGGACUUGCUAAGUUAGGAAUAGGCAACCUUUGGCACUCCAGAUGUUGUAGACCUCAUCUCCCCUGAUGCUUUGAAACAUUAAAGGACCACUAUAGUGCCAGGAAAACAUACUCGUUUUCCUGGCACUAUAGUGCCCUGAGGGUGCCCCCACCCUCAGGGACCCCCUCCCGCCCGGCUCUGGAAAGGGGAAAAGGGGUAAAACUUACCUUUUUUCCAGCGCUGGAGAGCUCUCCCUCCCUCUCGCCUCCCGAUCUCCCCCGUUGAAUGAUCACGGCAAGAGCUGCAGCAUUCGUCAAGAUAGGAAAGCAUUUACAAUGCUUUCCUAUGGGCUAUGCGUUCUCACUGUGAAAAUCACGGUGAGAAACUAGCGCGCCUCUAGUGGCUGUCAAUGAGACAGCCACUAGAGGAUUAGAGAAGCUUAACCAUUCAUAAUAUAGCAGUUUCUCUGAAACUGCUAUAAUUAUGAAAAAAUGGGUUAAGCCUAGAAGGACCUGGCACCCAGACCACUUCAUUAAGCUGAAGUGGUCUGGGUGCCUAGAGUGGUCCUUUAAGUAAGAUGUAGUCCCAACAUCUGGAGUGUCGAAGGUUGCCUACCCUUGCUAGGGUAAUACUGGGAAUACAUGCCUCAUAUUGAACCAUGCACAGAUCCUCCACUUCUUUGAAUAAAUGGCAGGCCUGCUGCUUAUGUUUCCUAUGUAUGCAUGCAUACAUAAGAAUAUGAGAGUGUAUAUGUGCAUAUAGAUUGGGUGUGAAUACAUGUAUAAAGGUAAGUGUGUGCAUAUAUGCAUGUGUGAUGGUGUGUGUAUGCAUGCAUCACUUCUCAAUUCUUUGCCAUUUAGACGUUAAUGCACUUUUGUUUCUGUUUAUGCAACCCCUUGCCUUCUCCUUCUGGAGAUGUGACAGUUUCCCUUUUGCAGUGUUUAUUGGGCUAAAUAAAGCAGCGGAGGAAAGCAAAAAACUUACUUACGUGUGCUGAACUUCAUAAUUAAAACUUUAAGUCCUAUCAAUAACUAACAUUUAUGUAGCUGUUUGACUGUGCUCAAAGUUAGAACACAUGGAAUAUAUGAGCGGCUUGGAAAAUAUUAAAUUAGCUCAGUGCUCUCUGUAUGUUUCCGUCUCACAUAAAGUGAGAGGUACUCAACAUGAAAUGUAAAAAGUUAUACAUAAUUUGCAAACUUCAGUAAAUUAUGAAUGAUAACAUUGUGGUGGGGGGGAUGUGAAAAAUUACAUUGGAAAGUUGUAAAAUUAGUGUAUUAAAGGUUCUUUCAAAGAACCUUGAGCACCUGUGCAACAAUUUGUAAAAAUGACUACAACUACUAGACUGCCGCCUGGAUCAGUGAUGUCAAGGAAGGAUUUUUUUUCAUUCUUUGCCGCCCUUGAUCCGCACAAGUUUUGCAUGCAGCGUCCACGGGCUGGAAAGCUGCUGCCUCACACAUUUCUUUCUCCACAGAGCCAUGGCUGUAAGCAUCAGAUAUUGACAGCUAUAGAGAUAUCUGCAGGUAAAUAUUGUCAGGCUCCCGCGGACGGCUGCGAGGGGAGGCUGCACUCCGCUCGCAGUACUCACCCUCCAGCCGUCCGCGGUCCCCUCCGCCUCGUGGGUACGGCGAGCGGCAUCCUUCCAGCCUCGGAUGCCGCCCGCCGUUCCCUCCACGUCCCCCAGCGGCAGCAUGCAUGACGCUGCACGCUGGGAGACCGCCCAGGGUUAUACACGCCGGGGUCAGUCACCUGACCCGGCGUUAAAGGCAAAGUGCCACAAUCACAGUGGGAGGUCUAAAUAUCUCCCACGUGUGAUUGUUAAUUCUGAUUGGAAAUCAUCCAAUCAGAAUUAACCUGAUGGUUUAAAUACUUACCUUUCCUGUUCCUCCUUGCCCUGUUGUGGUCUUUGCUUGUUAGUAUUGAUUCUGAACUUGUGCUUCUGGUUACGUACUCUCUGGCUUGUUAUCCGACUUUGUGACUUUCUCCUACCCUUUGACCUCGGCUUGUUUCACGUUAUUCUGUCUUCUGGUUCCCCUUACUCGGCUUGUUUCCUGACUAUUCUUUGUGUGCUUAGCCCGGCCACUCUAAGGUCCGGUACGGCACUUUGUGUGUGUGUGUGUGUUGGCGUGUUUGGUUCCCCGAAUCGUGACAUUACAACAGGGCCAUAAUGGAACCUGCUGACAUACCACAGCUCCUAGUUAAUCAAGAGGCUAGAAUGGAUGGCUUAGACCACCGUAUGGAUCAGUUUGCUCAAGCUUUACAAACCAUUCUGGCUCGUACUGCACACUUGCAACCGGCCGUUCAGGAGGCUGCUGCUGCUGUGCCCGAACCCAUUCCCACUCCAGUACCUGUUCCCGCUCAUGUAGUUCACAUGACGCCGCCACAGCGCUACAGUGGUGACCCAGCAUUGUGUCGUGGUUUCCUCAACCAAAUCGACAUCCAUUUGGUGAUGAAUCCACGCUCCUAUCCCACUGACAGAUCUAAAGUUGCCUUUUUGAUAAACCACUUGUCCGGGAGAGCUUUAGCAUGGGCCAACCCCAUUUGGGAAAAUACGUCUCCUAUGUCCUUUGCUGAUUUUCUGACAGCUUUCAGACGCACGUUUGAUCAACCCGGUAGGGUUGCUUCUGCUGGCAAGGCUCUGCUUAGGGUCCGACAGGGUAACAGGUCUGUAGCAGAUUACACUAUCGAAUUUCGUACUCUAGCAGCUGAAGUGGUUUGGAAUAAUGACGCCCUCGUAACAGCCUUUCAGGAGGGUCUGGCCGCUUAUAUACUGGAUGAAAUAGCAUCCAGGGAAUUACCUGCUCUUCUAGAUGAUGUUAUAGACUAUGUGAUUCUUAUAGAUAACCGUAUUAGAGAGAGGCGUAGCCAAAGACGGUUGGAUACACGGGUGUUACCUGCUCUACCCAGUACUUCCCUGCUAGCGUUACCCGCUCCUGUGCAGCCAUCCCCUGAACCCAUGCAGUUGGGUGCUACAGGGUUAACUGAGGCCGAAAGAGCGUACCGUAGAAGGGAGGGGUUAUGCCUUUAUUGUGGGAAGAGGGGGCAUCACUGUAAAGCCUGCCCUAAACUACAGGGAAACUGCAGCACCUAAGGCCUAGAGAGGGGUCGGCCUCGGGUGUUAUGACUUUGUCCCCUCAUAUGUCCAUCUCUAGACCGUUUAUUACGGUUUCUCUCUUGGUCAAUAAAACCACUAUAACAACCAAAGCCCUGAUCGAUUCAGGUGCGGCAGACAACCUUAUGGAUGAGACCUUUGCCAAAACCGCAGCCCUGAAUUUGAUUCGAAAGGAGACACCCUUGGCCGUUGAGGCCAUAGAUGGUAGACCACUGGAGAAACCUCUGGUGACCCAUGAAACCCAGGAAAUAGUUAUGUCUGUGGGUGUUUUGCACAAAGAGAAGUUAACCUUCCAAAUAAUUAACUCCCCAACAGCCUCCAUCGUUCUAGGUUUUCCCUGGUUAGUUAAACACAACCCUGUUCUUGAUUGGGGUUGUUUAGACAUACUUUCCUGGGGGGAAUCUUGUCAGCGAGACUGUGUGGCUCAUGUACGUCCUGUCUGUUUACUUAACGUACCCACGGCUAAACCACUCUCGGUUUCUGUGCCCUCUGUUUAUGCGGAUCUUGCCUUGGUUUUUGAGAAGAGGGAGGCAGAUAAGCUACCUCCACAUCGUGAGUAUGAUUGUGCUAUAAACCUCUUACCGGGCACUAUGCCUCCUAGGGGAAAGGUCUACCCUCUUUCUGAAAAAGAGAACCAAAUCAUGGAGGAGUACAUACAGGAAUCCCUAAGAAAAGGUUUUAUUAGAAGGUCCUCCUCUCCUGCUGGUGCUGGUUUCUUUUUUGUGGCUAAGAAGGAGGGUGAUUUGAGGCCAUGUAUAGACUACAGGGGUCUGAACAAUAUAACGGUUAAAAACGCCUACCCUAUCCCCCUCAUCACUGAGUUGUUUGAUCGUGUUAAAGGUUCUAAAUUUUUCACCAAAUUAGACCUCAGGGGGGCUUAUAACCUUGUCCGUAUAAAGGAGAAUGACGAGUGGAAGACAGCCUUCAACACACGCAGUGGGCAUUACGAAUAUCUGGUCAUGCCUUUUGGAUUGUGUAAUGCUCCUGCCGUGUUUCAGGACCUCAUAAAUGAUGUCCUUAGGGAUCUAUUGCAUGUCUGUGCUGUAGUAUACCUUGACGACAUACUUGUGUAUUCUCCUGAUUUGAAGUCACACCAUAACCAUGUUAGGAUGGUGCUCAAAAGGCUAUUGCAGAACGGACUCUACUGUAAGUUAGAAAAAUGUUUAUUCGAUCAGACCUCUGUGCAAUUCCUAGGAUAUAUCAUUACUGAACAGGGUUUCAGUAUGGAUCCUGCUAAAUUGGAAGCUAUAAUGUCCUGGCCACUUCCCCAAGGACUAAAGGCUAUCCAGCGUUUUAUAGGAUUUGCCAACUAUUAUAGGAAAUUUAUAAAAAACUUUUCACCACUCAUAUCUCCCAUAACGAAGUUGACAAAAAAAGGUCUACAUCCUAGGGUUUGGACUCCUGAAGCCCUUAAGGCCUUCGAAACCCUCAAGAAGGCAUUUGCCUCUGCUCCAGUGCUGCACCACCCUGAUCCUUCUCUUCCCUUUGUUAUGGAAGUAGACGCCUCAGAGUCAGGUGUGGGAGCCGUACUGUCACAGAGGUUGUCUUAUGACAAACCCCUCCAUCCCUGUUGUUAUUUUUCUAAAAGGUUGUCUGAUUCAGAGAAGAAUUAUGAUGUUGGGAAUAGGGAACUAUUAGCUAUUGUGUUAGCUUUCAAGGAAUGGAGGUACUUAUUAGAGGGUUCUAGACACAAAAUUAUGGUUAUAACAGAUCAUAAGAAUCUAUCCUAUAUUGCUGAUGCUAGAAGGUUAUCUGCCCGGCAGGCUAGAUGGUCUCUAUUUCUCUCACGCUUCCAAUAUGUUAUCACCUAUAGACCUGGUUGCCGUAAUGCCAAGGCUGACGCCAUCUCUCGGCAGCAUGAACCAGUAGAAUUUGUUAACCCGACUCCUGAACCUAUUGUACCUGAGUCUCAGAUAAUAGCUGCUACCCGUUUGGUUGUUUCUUCACCUUUCCUUACCAGUAUUAAGACAUACCAAACCCAGGCACCCCCUGAGACGCCGGUUGGUAAACUAUACGUUGAAGCUAAUGACAGAAAAAAGUUGUUAACUUUAUUUCACACAGCCAAAACUGCUGGUCAUCCGGGGGUUACCAAAACCUACAAGGGCCUCCUUCAACAGUUCUGGUGGCCUUCACUCAAGCGAGACGUAGUGGAUUUUGUUCAGGCUUGUCAGGUCUGCACGCAAUGUAAGUCCCUUAAUAUGAGACCCCAGGGUUUUCUGAUGCCUCUAUCUAUACCCAAGAAACCAUGGACCCACUUAUCCAUGGAUUUCAUUGUAGAUCUGCCUCUUUCUGAUGGUCAGACGGUGAUACUGACUGUGACGGAUAGGUUCUCUAAAAUGGCGCACUUCAUUCCGCUUAAGAAACUGCCUUCUGCGGUUCAGUUAGCUCAGGUAUUUGCCAAAGAAGUGUUCCGAUUGCAUGGGGUACCCCAGGAUAUCGUAUCUGACAGGGGCCCUCAAUUUGUCUCUCGGUUCUGGAGGGGCUUUUGUGCUGAGAUGGGGGUAUCCUUGUCGUUUUCUUCCUCCUAUCACCCGCAAUCUAAUGGUGCGGCCGAACGUGCUAAUCAGUCUGUGGAAUUGUAUUUGCGCUGCUUCACUAAUGCGCACCAGGAUGACUGGUCUCGCCUUCUUCCGUGGGCUGAAUUUGCCAGGAAUACGGUGUCUCAUUCGUCUACUGGCUUAAGUCCUUUUGAGGUUGCUUAUGGGUUUCGUCCUUCUGUCCUUCCCGGUGCGUUCUCCGACAAGGGAAUGCCCGCCUUGGACCAGCACCUCGCCUCUUUGCGGAAGACGUGGGAUCAGGUCCAUGUUGCGCUGUCUCGUUCAGCAGCUGCUCAGAAAAAGUUUGCUGAUCGCCGUAGGGUUGCGGCCCCUUCCUAUGUUCCGGGUGAUAGGGUAUGGUUGUCCUCCCGGAACCUCCGUCUCAAGGUUCCCUCGAUGAAAUUUGCCCCCAGGUUUCUUGGUCCCUUCAAGGUGUUACGUAGGGUUAAUCCCGUUUCCUACUCCCUUGAUUUGCCUCCUUCCAUGCAUGUCCCGAACACGUUUCACGUCUCGCUUUUGAAACCCUUGCUGUGUAACCGGUUCUCUCGUCCCCUCGGGCGGCCCGUUUCCCCUCGAGCUGUCUCUGACGACGUGUACGAGGUGGCUACCCUUCUCGACUCUCGUGUUUCUAGGGGUCGGCUGCAAUAUUUGGUGGACUGGAAGGGGUACGGCCCUGAGGAGCGGUCCUGGGUUUCAAGCUCCGAUGUGCACGCUCCCUCUUUGGUCCGCUCCUUUCAUGCCCGCUUUCCUUUGAAGCCUUCCGCUUCCCACCCCCUGGGUGGUCUUCGAGGGGGGGGUAAUGUCAGGCUCCCGCGGACGGCUGCGAGGGGAGGCUGCACUCCGCUCGCAGUACUCACCCUCCAGCCGUCCGCGGUCCCCUCCGCCUCGUGGGUACGGCGAGCGGCAUCCUUCCAGCCUCGGAUGCCGCCCGCCGUUCCCUCCACGUCCCCCAGCGGCAGCAUGCAUGACGCUGCACGCUGGGAGACCGCCCAGGUUUAUACACGCCGGGGUCAGUCACCUGACCCGGCGUUAAAGGCAAAGUGCCACAAUCACAGUGGGAGGUCUAAAUAUCUCCCACGUGUGAUUGUUAAUUCUGAUUGGAAAUCAUCCAAUCAGAAUUAACCUGAUGGUUUAAAUACUUACCUUUCCUGUUCCUCCUUGCCCUGUUGUGGUCUUUGCUUGUUAGUAUUGAUUCUGAACUUGUGCUUCUGGUUACGUACUCUCUGGCUUGUUAUCCGACUUUGUGACUUUCUCCUACCCUUUGACCUCGGCUUGUUUCACGUUAUUCUGUCUUCUGGUUCCCCUUACUCGGCUUGUUUCCUGACUAUUCUUUGUGUGCUUAGCCCGGCCACUCUAAGGUCCGGUACGGCACUUUGUGUGUGUGUGUGUGUUGGCGUGUUUGGUUCCCCGAAUCGUGACAAAUAUAUCCUCAAUACUGUGUGAGCCCCGUAUCCUGUGAAGAGUGGAAGUAUUACUGGAACUAAACUACAUAUACAAUUAGCCCCUAUUUAGCAGAGCUUAUGGUAUCAGAAAAAAAAUUAUAUUAGCGUGAGAGACUCCUAAUUGGUGGAGCCUCUUCUUGGUUACGAAGGAAUCUGGCAGCUGCUCCUGCUUACACUGUAUCAAACAGCAAAGCAACAGUGGCUCAAUUCCACAAAGCUACAGAAACAAAACCACUUCGUUUCCACUAAGCACUACCAUGGUUACUUCUUCAAAUGUCAUAGCAUGCUUUUUCAGAUGUUUGACAUCACAGUCAAUCAUCUCCUCAUUCCCUUUACAUGUUACCAGUUACUGCAAUUGUACUAUUAAUUCUCUCUGUCAUCACCUCCAAAUUCUCCCUUUUACCUCUUCUCUCUUCUCCACAUUUUAACCUUUAGAUUGUAAGCUCAUGGGCUAUAUAGCAAAGUACUAUGUAUAAAAGGGGCUAGAUCUCCGUACAUAGGCAGGGCCCACUUUAUAUUGUGUAUUGGUCUGUAUAUAUUGUACUGUCUUUUUCCUAAUUGUAUAGCACUGCAGAAUAUGUUGCCUUAUAAAUGCAAGUAAUAUAUAUAUAUAUAUACAUAUGUAUAUGUAUAUAUAUAUAUAUAUAUAUAUAUAUAUAUCAAAUUUGUAGUUAAAUUUUUUUUGCAUUCAUUGCAUAGGGGAGGGCAAGGGGGUUGACCUUUAGGGUGUUCCUUUGAUUGGUAUAUUUAGACAGAUAGAACAAAAGGUCACAUCUGAAACAGACUGACUGGAUCAUCAAAGAAAAUGUCAGUACUAUGUAGUCAGUACGAAGUACUAUGCAUCCUUUAGGUGCAUACAAUUAUAGCUUUAUAUUGAAGACACUAUGAGGUUUGUUCAGUAAACAAAGAACUGACAAGGGAAUUGCACAAAAAAUAACUUCUAAAUUCGCCAACUCUUAUUACCGUUUCACUUCUCCACAAUUGCCUUUUUAUUGAAUAAAUCCCACUGUUCUUGUGAAGGGGGAUCAUACUCUCUAACUCAUUUACCGGUAUGACUAGGAAUUAAAUCCCAGAUUUGUCCACAGUUCUGUUAUGUCAUCAGUGCUUUAAAAAUGGAAAUACUUUGUUGUAUACUUUAGCAUAUCUGAAUAAAAUUUUGGUAGACAAAUUUAACGGGAGUUAGGGGACUGGACUGUGGGAUAAAUCAAUUUUUUAUUUAUUUAUUAAUAUAAUUUUUUGAUCAUUUUGUCUCCAGAAUUCAGUGUGCACGCACCAGGGCUAUGAAGAUUAAGUAUUGAUUGAUGAGAUACAAGUAUUGAUGUUUAUAUAUAAGAGUGGGUAUACUAUAGGGAUUGACUAGAUAUAAAUUGAUUCUUAUACUCUGCCACAGUCAGCCUCCAACAUUUUGGUCUUACUCCUAGAAAGACAUUAAGUUUGUUAACCCUGGGUCCAGCCAUAGAAUUAUUGGUAUUAUGCUCAUGUGACACACAGUAGAAGAACUCCUAGAAUCUAACCUGCUUUGGGACAAUCUGGGCUACUUACACUGAGGAAAUAAACCAUUCUUCUCCAUGGUUAAAAAAGGUGAAUGAUAGGUUAAUUGAAGUAAAGUGCCAACAAAUAACAUCAUAGAGCUGGGUUAAAAGCAAAACAUUGCUUACAUAAUACUGCAUUGAUGCUUUUUAUAGCUCCUUAUUUUUAAAGAGUUCUUGUUGACAGCUAAAUGUGUUUAUAUUUAUUUUAAUUGAUAUUACACUUAGCUGGCUCUAUACAUUAGGGUGGGUCACAAAAAAACAUCCAUCUGUUACUGUAUCACCUCACUUUUCACAUAGUAUAUAGCUGCAGGAUUGUAUUUAGAAUUGGCGAUCAACAAAGCAAUAGUAGUUGUAAAUGCUCCUUCCUCUAUAUUGUGAUGACAUUGCUAUUAAUCAUAGCCACAUAGUAUUCUAAGCACAAGUGGUCUUAACUGGUACCAGAAUAGUGGAUACAAUAUAUAACAAUGAUAAGCUAUCACCUGAUCAGAUGUGUGUGAACUUCCGAGGUGGGGGAGCAGCAUGGCUGAUGGGGAGUGUCUGUGAAUGUCUUGCAUUUAGGAAGGAAGUUACAUGGAUGUAUUUUAGGCCACGCAGGAAAUCAGGUCACUGAUGGGGGAUGUGAGAGAGCAACACAGAUGCAGAGUUAUAACUAUUAGUCAGUCUACAAGCAAAUGUUUGAUGGUUGAUAAGAAUUUCCUCCAUAAUUUCCAGUCAGCCAUUUUUUCCAUUUGUGGAAAAAACCCGCUCUUAAUCCAAAUAUAGUGCUCUUUAUUCUGUCAUCACUUUGCAGUUUACUAAUGUUGCAGGUGAAUUAGAAAGUAAUGUCAAAAGUGAAAUGGAUUACCACAUACAGAGUGGAAACAAAGCAACACACCACAGGCACCAAAACAAAUUCAUAUCAAUGAAGUUGAUAUGGUACCAGGAGGCCCCUGGAGACAUGCUUACCUUAAGGGGUUAAACCAUUUUCCAGCAGUGAUGUCCACUCCCUGCAGGCGGCAUUCAGCUUCAAAAUUUUCAUGUUAAGGAAGUGUGGAGUGCCACCGGGCAGGGGAGCUGCUUAUUGGCUGAGAGCAUCCAGCUGACACUCUCAGCCAAUCAGUGACACUCCAUUCACUAAACUGGCUUGAAAAAGGUACAUUUGUUUCCAAGCCAGUUUUGUGAAUGAAGAGUCACUGAUUGGCUAAGAGCGUCAGCUGACCACUCUCGGCCAAUCAGCGGAGUGCCUGCCCAGUGACACUCUGCGCUUCCUGUAUCUGAAAAUUCUGAAGCAGAAUGAUGCCUGGGGGGAGUUCACAUAACUGCUGGAGGCAACUUUGGGGUUAUACCAUUUGAGAACGGUUUAAACUCUUGAGGUAAGCAUGUCUCCAGGGAUCUUGUGGCACCAUAACAACUUCAUUUAGAUGAAGUUGUUUCAGUGUCUGGAGUGCCCCUUUAACUAAAGUGUGAUUUUUAUGGAUUGUAAAGUGAAUUUAAAGUGUAUAGAAAAUUGUAGGCCAAAUUACCUAACUCAGGAAAAUUCUCCACGUCAGCUGUUUUCAAUGGCAAACACACAAAAUGAGCCUGCAUUUAAUCUCCCACUGCUCCUGGGCAGCAGCAAUAUCUAUAGAGCAGAAUCCUAGCAAUUCAAUAUUACAUAUAUAUUGAUACGCAGAGUCUGUACUAUUUAUAUCGCUGAUCCCUGAUUCUUGGUCUGCCAUAUCUUACUGAUCUAUCCUGUUCCUGACAAAAGGCAUUUCAAUCUUUUGCAACUAAACAGUAUAAUUGACUGAUUUUGUGUUCAUUAAAAUGCAUUCAAGUUACAAAAGUAAAUCCCCUUACAAUAUAAAUAAACUGUUAAAAUGUAAUAUAUAAAUGUAAUAUUAAUAUUAAUAUUAAUAUUAAUAUUAAUAUGUCUUGACAUUUUAUCACUAAACAAGUCACCAUGAGAAAACAGUAAUAAAGCAAGGAUUUCUUGUCCUGCUUCAAUAGUGUAGACAUAGCAAUUCAAAUGACCUUGAAAACUUGAACCAGUGGCAUGAAAAACUUAAAUGACUAAUUUUCUGACUGUACUACCCUAUGCCAAGUUUAUUUGUGGAAUGAAACCUGAUUGGGGUGUAAACAUUUUAUUGUAAUACACUUGCACUUUUGUAGAAUUGCAUGUAGAAUGUGUCACUCACUGUUCUGUGUUUUUGUACUCGUGUUUAUUUGGUGGAAUUGGGUGAUUGAUUCCUCUUGAGGGAUUGGUAGCACCUUAUUAGUGCCAUUGUAGGUUGCACAUUUUUUUCCAAAUUACAUGAAAAACUAUAAAAUAACAAAAAGAAAAGCCACUUGUCUAAGAGGGAUCGGCUGAUGCUCUCAGCCAAUGAGCAAAGUCCAGGGCUUAGCUCUUAAGUUAUAAUGUAAGUUCUUGCUUAGGAACUUCUGGUUCUCCAGUGUUGGCAGUGGAGAUAGGGAGCAGUGCACGGCAGAUCCCAGGUAAGAACUCAAACCGUUAAAAAAAUGGUUUUACUCCUUACAAUUAGGGGGGAGCAAGCUGUAGCGGUUAUGGUGCACGGAGUGUUCUUUUUAAACAAGAAAAACUAUUGACAAUGAUUUCCUAUGGGGAAGGCCUAAUGCGCUUGCGGCACUCACCAUGCAUGCGCAUUAGGUCCCCCUGUCAAAUUAUAAUUAUGUCAGAGGAGGUGGAGCACCGAGGGAGAUCGGUGCUGGGAUCAGGUAAGUAAAAAAUAGAUUUUUUAACCUUUAUGUACUGCAAGGGGGGGCCGAAGGGAGGGGAGACCAGAGGGCACUAUCAUGUUAGGACUACAACUUUGUUGUACUGAAAUAGCUCUCCAUACAGUGGCAUACACAUGUCACAUGGGGCCCUGGUGCGAAAAGUGAUCCGUGAGCCCCCCCCGCGCUUACUCUGCGCGGGCUGGGGCCGCAACACAUGGAGGCAGGCACCUGGUCGCAGGGGUUGCAGGGCUGCGACCCCUGUGACCGUGGUAUGUACGCCAGUGCAUGCAGAUGCACACACACUUAGGACCACUACAGACACCCAGAUCACAUCAGCUAAAUGAAGUGGUCUGGGUGCCAGGUCCCUCUAGUUUUAACCCUGCAGCUGAAAACAUAGCAGUUUCAGAGAAACUACUAUGUUUCACUGAGGGUUAAUCCAGCCUCUAGUGGCUGUCUGACUGACAGCCGCUAGAGGCGCUUCCUCAAUUCUCACUGUGAAAAUCACUGUGAGAAGACGCUGGACGUCCAUAGGAAAGCAUUGAGUAAUGGGCGGUUUGAAUGCGCGCGUGGCUCUUGCCGCACAUGCGCAUUCGGAGCUGAGAGCCGGUUUGGGGCGGAGGGAUCCCCAGUGCCAAGGGAGUCCAGCGCUGGAGAAAGGUAAGUGUUGAAGGGGUUUUAAACACACACACUCUCACAAACAGACGCAUACACAUUAGCUAACAGACACACACAUUUACUGACAGAGACACACUCAGCGACAUACAUACAUACUCACUGACAGACAGACACACAUACACACUCACUUACAAAACAUACACACUAACUAACAGACAUCAAACAGACUCACUAACAGACACACACAAACACACUCAGUAACAGACACACACAGUAACACUCACUGACACACACACACUCACUGACACACAAACUAACACACACACUGACACUAGCAGACACACACGCAAUAACAGACACACAAAAACUAACACACUCACUGACACUCACUAGCAGACACAGACUAACACUAACACACAUACACAUUUUUUUUUUUUUUAAAUGUAAUCCCCCAGCCUCCUUACCUUUGGGAGAGCUGAGGGGAUUCCCUGGGGUCCAGUGGUGUUGCUGGGCGGCCGGUCACCGGGUGGGCUGUCUGUCUGUUUGGCGGGCGUGCGAGGGAGCACUCUCCCCUGAACGCUCUCUGCCCAGCUCCCUUGCGCGCAGCUUACUGAUGCCGGAGCUGGAAUAUGACGUCAUAUUCCGGCUCCGGCAUCAGUAGGCAGCUCGCGAGGGAGCUGGGCAGAGAGCGCUCAGGGGAGAAUGCUCCCUUGCGCGCCCGCAGGACCGGCCACCCGGUGACACCAGGGCCAGCCACAGGGGCCACACUGGCGUACAUACCGGGUCGCAGGGCAGCCGGGCCCCAUGAUGGGCUGGGCCCAGUCGCAGCCGCGACCCCAGUAUGUACGCCACUGUCUUCAUUGGUUUCUACUGCAAUGGCUGCUCUUUUAGAAAUAUUUCCACAUAUAAACCCUUUAUACACAACCCCGGUGUUCUAUGUGUGCUUUGUUUUUGUAGAAAACACAAUAUUAAUGCUUUACAAAUUGGCCUAAUCGUAUAAUUUGAAUUUUCAGCAUAAUGGGUAUUAAUAUUGUUACUUCGUGUUUUAUUAGCAUUAUGCAUAUUAAUUAUCGUCUCUUGUACUAGAUCACGAUUCAGAGCAAUGGAAAGUCAGAAGAAAGAGAUGGAAUUCCUGAGUAACAGCAUUGCUGCAUAUGCUCACAUAAGGGGUAUGUAUAACAUCUGCAAGUGUACAUGUUUUAUCUAUUAUAAACUCGUAAUCAUAUAAUAUAUGGCAUUAUAAGCAAAUACUUCUCUGUUAGGGUGAUUUAUAUUAUAUGCUGUAAUGCUCGAAUAGAUAAAAAAAAAUGGACAUAAGGAAUUACAAUAUUUACAAGAAUACUGGCUUAGAGAAUAGUUUUAUUAUCUUAAAACUGUUAAGAGUGUUAUAGAUGUGAUAUAAACUAAUGUCUCUAAAAGUGUGGUCCCUGCAGAUAUUAUUGCAGUGCAACUUUCAUAGUUCUGUUUCAGUCUGUGGUCAGCAGAUGUACUUGUAUUCUGGUAGGGGAGAUAAUUAUUUACAUCAAGCAUGUCAAACUCAAAGGCUAGCACGGGCCACAUAAACAAGGUUUAAGUUUAUGUGGGCCGCAAAAAAAACAGUUUUAAAAAGUACAGUAUAAAAAAAUUUAAAAAAACACAGCAUCCCCCUUUACUAAACCCCAGUCCCCCCCUGUACUAAUUCACAGCCCUCCCUCUGUACUAAAUCCCAGCACCCCCCCUAUACUAAAUCCCAGCACCCCUUCCAUACUAAAUCCCAGCACCCCCCUCUAGUAAACCCCAGCCCUUGUUUAAAAAAAAAACAAAAUUAGCCAACAAGCAGACUCCACUCACAUGCCGUUGCCAGUAUACACACUCAGUGACAGACACACACAUACUGACAGUCACAAACACACAGUGACAGACACACACAGUGACAGACACACACACUCACAGACACACACACUGACAGUCACAAACACACACACACUGACAGUCACACAAACACACAGUGACAGACGCACACAGUGACAGUCACACACACACACACACACACACACACAGUGACAGUCACACACACAGACAGAUUCUCACACACACACAGUGACAGUCACACAAAUGCCAAAUAUAUUGCAUACACAAAAUAUGUCGUCAAUAGCUUUUUCAAAUCCAUCUCAAAAUUUUGUGGAUUAUACAGCUUCUUGCUAUAUCAAAGUACUCGAAUAUAUGUGAAUUCUAACAUAAUUUGAUACACUACACAAGAAACUUUACUGCUUAGAGGUCAGUCUAAACACCAUCGCACAGUUCUCUGUAGUGGUCGUGGCACGAGGAGUUACCUUGUUCCCACGGUAAGCAAUCAAACUUCUGCAUUAGUGACUUCAGUUCUGCUUGUCUUUGGAUAGAAUUCAUUGACUGAGAGUGUCAGCUGAUGCUACACAAACACAUUUAUCCAAGUAGUGAAAACUGGUAUGUUAUGCUUUAACCCAAUAAGGACACAUGACAUGUGUGACAUGUCAUAAUUCCCUUUUAUUCCAGAAGUUUGGUCCUUAAGAGGUUAAAUAAAUCUGAAGAUGAGGUAGACCCAGGGCUGACUAUUUGCUGUGGGAUGGUGCGAGGGGGCUGUAUAGAGUACUAUAGUUUUUAUGGUGCAUAGACUGUCCCUUUGAUUUACUCAACAAGAAAGAUGCUUAUGGUGCGAAAAUGGGUAAUGGUAAUGGCAUACCUGUAUGUGGAUGGCUGUGGUCCUUAACUCAGGGACCAAAUUUAAAAAAUAAAUUAAAUUGGAAGCACUACCUGGAAUAUGUAUUGCUUAAUAGGUGAAAAGAUAUUACAAACUGUUAUUGAAUACUCCAUCAGUGUAAUUGUGUAAUAUAUAUAAUAGAACAAUUGUGUAAUAAUAUAUAUAUAUAUAUAUAUAUAUAUAUAUAUAACAUUAAAUAUGUUUCUUUCUAUUUCUAAUUUUAGAUAAUCCAGAGUCUUUUGGUCUUUACUUUGUGCUCGGUGUCUGCUUUGGGCUGAUAUUAACACUCUGUCUGUUAGUAAUCCGUAUUUCCUGCAAGCCUCGGACUCCAAGUAUACCAUCCAAACCAAAGAAAACUCCUCCCAAGGACUGUGUGAAGGAGCCUCUCUCUCUAACAAGGGACGAAGAAGAUCCAGAGAGUGAUGACAAUGAUGAAACGUUCAUCCUGAAUCCAGUGACGGAAACAUCUUUGGGAAACCAGUCUCCAGUGGAUGGAACAUUGACCAUUAAUGUGUUCACAUCAGCAGAAGAACUGGAGAGAGCUCAAAGGUUGGAGGAGAGAGAGAGGAUAAUCCGGGAGAUAUGGCGCAAUGGUCAGCCUGAUAUUUUGGGCACAGGUGCUGGCACUAUAGGUCGCGUACACUACUACUGAAUAACUAUUUGAAACAUUGCUUAUGUGAUGUUGGUGCUAAAACCCAAAUAAAGAAGUCACAAACUGACCAGGAGACUAGUGCAUAGCCAUGGUAUCCUGGCUAUAAAAGGGCUGGCACUAUGGACCCCACAGAGAACUGUGGGAUAUAACAACCUUGUAUAUUGGUAUGAUAUUUGGAUAUAAAGCUCAGUGCCUAAUCUGAUAUUCUGACAGACAGCAAGUGGUGAUUAAUAAUAUUAGGACAUGGGGGCAGUUGUUCAGCUUAGAUUCUUCUUUAAUUUGUCCAGUGGUAGCUGGAAUGGAGGUGUCAGGCAAUUGCCUUUAUUAGGCACAGAAAUGAACCUCGCUGGUCCUAUGUCCCAGAAGUUAUAUGUUCUAUAUCCCAGAAGAUUAUAUUUAAGUGCAAAAAGGCACACAUGCAUCUAUACUCCCAGUACGCAUAGGUACCAAAACUGAUGUGCCGUGAAGCCUUUUUAUGAGACAGACAACAUUGGAUUGCUAUAUUAUUAUAACCAGAACAUCUGUUAUAAUACAAGUUGCUGAAAAAGAAUAAGAUGUUCAAUUCUGUAUGUUUGCUAUGGUUGGUUACUGAUGUAUGUUUAUACGAAAUCCAAAUACGCAUAACACACAUGAGAGAAAAUAGCUCUGAAAUUAAGAGAUGUAGCUCUAAAUUCAAUGUUGUGGUUUAGCUUUGGAAUGUGAUGUAACUUAAUGUCACUGAUCAAGUCAUCGGAAAUGAAUGUAAACAUGCUGGGUUUUGCUGAAAUAAUUAGGAAUGCAUUUGGUUAAGUGAUGAAGAAAACAUAAUGACAUAUGACAAAAUUAUUGGAUGUUUUGUUAUUGUUUUUUUUUUUUAAACCACAAAGACACCCAUGCAUUAAAAAAUAAUGAAUACAAGUUGGAGUAUCCUGUAGGAUGCCUUAUAUUGAAGAUCUUUCCUGAAUAAAAAAAUACAUGGGGUUGUCCAGUUAGGUUUCCUAUAGAUGUCAGUAUAUAUAAAAAUGCAUUGAAGCGUAAGAGGGACAUGACUUAGGUCCAUACAGUUAGCUCAGUGCUAGUUUCUGAUUGGCUGGCAGUUCAGAGGUAAGGUCACAUUAAUGCUCCUGCCUUCUAAGUAGAUCUUUCUUGUUAAUGAAAUAUUUUUUUUACAUUUGGUGUCAUGGCUCUUUUUUAAUGCUUGUACAGGGCACUGUUUUUUAUUUAUUUGUAUUUGAGUAUAUUUUCAUUAAAAAAGGUGGGGGUGUCAACAUCCUCAAUAAAAAGCUGGAUUUUGUAACAAUAGCAUAGUUUUUCCCUAUUUUUUAUUGCUUAAUAUUAAGUCAAGCCUAAUAACCGUAAGAGGAUAGGUAUAGACAUUCUAGUUAUUCCCUGUUUGGUUGAGGGGGAGGGGAGAUAUUAGGUUGGAUUUGUAAAUAAAUCUUCUGGCAUCUUGAAAUCAGGGUGCUGUAUAUUCCUUGUCCCUGUUAAGAGUUGGUCACCAUAUACACAUCACCCUCCAUGCCAGGCAUAGAGUGAUGUGGUAUCACAUUACCUUUCAGCCUAGCAUAAGUAGUAGGAUGAGUAAGCUACUCAAUCAGUUUGCCUGUUAAACAGCAAGUCUAAGGGACCUCUAUCCGAUUUUCAGAGGAGGAAUAUAUCUCCAUGGGUCCUAGGAGUUUUGUUGAGAUUAAGUUUUUUUUUUUUAUUAUAUUGGACUAUUUGUAGGUCCCCUCUUUUAACAUGGUGGACUUUGUAUCCGCAACACAAUGUUGUUUUUUUGUGAUAUAUUUGAAAGCAUUUUAAAAUAUAUUUUAUGUGCAUUUCUUUCAGUACUGCAUUUAUUUUUAUUAAACUUAGGAGUGAGGUAUUCGUCAGCCUUUCAAUGGCUUCUGAUUAUUCCAUUUGGCAUUUUUAUGUUCAGCAAGAUGCAGAGAUGGGAAAAAAUCAUUACUAUGCUCCGUGUGCUAUGUUUUAAUGUGCACUUGUAUUCCUAAUACUUGCUAAUACAUCUGCAGUUUGGACUCUAUUUCAUGUGAGGAAAAUACAUUUUUAAUUGGUCUUUGUAUAAAAAUGAAAAGCUGAGUGUUUAAAUAGCAGACAACAAUUCUAAUCUUUUUCCUUUAGUCUUUUGUGCAAUACUAUAGACUCUAAGCCUGGUGUCUACAAGCGGUUAACACAUGCACACAUUUUGCUUCUCUGGCCCCCUCUAUUUAAAAACAUCUGUUUUUCUUCUUGUUCCCCUGGCAGUGUGGGAACACUGGUUCUUUAAAUUUCAUUCCUGAAUUUCCCCUGGGGAUAAAAAGAGAACAUUCCACAUGCACAUUAAAUUUUGCCACAUGGGAAAAUUCAGGAAGUGAUGUUUUCUUACUUAAAGUUCAGAUAAGUUUUCUUUCCAAGUUACUUCAAUAUCAUAUAUUCCUUGAAGAGUCUUUUCUGUUUGGUUUUGCAGGGAGGAGGGGGAUAUUAUGAAAGAUGUAUAAUGAAGAUUGGAAUAACCGUCUUAGUCCAGUAGACAAAAUGCCAAAAUACCAGAGUAUUGCAGUAUGCAAUAAUACCUUUUUUAUUUGACCAACAUAAAACUUAAAAAACAAGCUUUCAAGUUUCCUCUCCCUCUCAGGUUUGUGUUAUAAAAGGAGAUUGAAGCAAAUGUCAUUUUUGUUCUGUUGUCUUUAUGUGAUAGCACAGGGUGUAGAUAUAUAUAUCUAUAUAUAUGUGUGUAUACAUGUAUACUUGAAGAGGAAUGUGCGUUUAUACAAAAUCCAAAUACGCAUAACACACGAGAGAAAAUAGCUCUGAAUUUUAUGUUGUGGUCAGCAUUGGAAUGUGAUGUAACUUAAUGUCACUGAGCAAGACGUGGAAGGUAAAUGUAAACAUGCUGGGUUUUGCUGAAAUAACUGUAAAUGUGUUUGGUAUAAUGAUGAGUGGGUGGAUUUAGUGCUGUCAUAAGGAAAACAUAAUAACAUAUGACACAAUUAUUGGAAGUUUUGUUAAUUCUAAAAAAAAACAUAUCUAUCUAUAUAUAUAUAUGGAUAGUCUCCAUAUGCAGCACCUACAAUCAUUUCAGUGAUGGUUGCUGAUAUAUUAGCCACUAAACUCAGGCAGCACUGGAGCAUUGAUGUCUUAGUGCUGCCCUUACUGUAAAGCCCUCGACUUAACACCUACACUAGCAUAAUACACUACACUAAACAUUACCCCUACACUACCAUAAUAUACUACACUAAACAUUAACGCAUACAUUUCCUUAACUCUUUAACCCCUACAGUGCCAUGAUACACUAGUACACUAAACAUUAACCCAUACAUAACAUAUUGCACAUAAACCCAUACACUCCUCUAUGCUAGUGCUAAUCUUUUGCUGCUACAGUACACUUACACUAAACAUUAAUUCCCACAUUACACAACAACCCCUACACUACAUUAAAACUAAAUAUUAACACCUUAUGUACCCUAACACAAAUCAUUAAGUCCUACACUACCUUAUAAAGUAAUCCUUACAUAAAAAUAGCAUGUAGUGUAAAAUGUAAAAAAACAGCAACGUGUGUAUUAUAGGAAAAUAAUUAUAGGAAAAUCAUGCCAUUUCAAGGUUCUGGAAGCAUUUAUAAUAACUCAACCAUUGGUCUUGUUACUUACCAUCAUGUCUCCAGAACCUCUUGAUGGCAUUAUCUUUCCAUAGUGCGCAGUUCUCAUAUAUAUAUUUUCUUUCUCUGUGUGAUGAUGACAGCUGUCAACUCUUGCUGUCUCCUACACAUUGAAAUAAAGUAACCCUCCUGUUAGUUGGAUAUGAACAGCAUGUUGCUUUUCGUCUGGGUUUUGGGAGGAGGUGUGAGUUGUCUAUGCGGAUGUUAUAGCGUCUUAUGAAAGAAGAUGAAAGCUUUAUGCUCCAGUUCCUGUGUAUUAAGAAGAGUUUAGAAUCUAUGUCCUAAGCUCCAGUUCCUGUGUAUUAAGAAGAGUUUAGCAUCUAUGUCCUAAUGGAGUUGUGUUGGGAAGAAAUGAGAGGUACUAGCCCAUAUGUUGGGAGGAAAUUGAAGUUUCUUCUAAUGCUUUUGAGAUGUUCUCCUAGCGCAGUUUUAAGGGGAAUUGAGAGUUAUAUUGCCUGUAUAAAGUGUGGCAAUGUACAUGAUCUACUUUGUGCAUAUAAGAUGAUAACCAAUCAGAAGCAGAGAUUUUCUCUAUGUUCAUGUGCAAUUUUGUAAAGAAUGUUUUGUUACUAGAAUUUUCCAAAAAAUGUAUUUUGUAGAAUCUUAUAAUGAACUUUAUGUCAUAGUUUUAUUAUAUAUUUUUGAGGAUCUAUUAAAAUUGUCUAAAACUCUUGUAUAA